AGACAGACAAAGAAUCACACCCGAGGCAUUUCACUGAGUUUGUAAACUUGAAGACUUCAAGAUACACUCACACACUGCAUGUGUGAAAGUGUGCAAGUGUAUGCGUGUGUGUGUGAGUUGUUUAUUUUCCAUCAUGAGCUUGAAAGGCAGGAGAUUCUCAUUGGACAGCUCUUUUCACCUAGAUGGACACCUUGGUGGAAGAAAAGGCAUCAAGUUCAGUGGUAACAAAUCUAGACAGAGUCUGGACAGUGCCCAGAUGGAAAUCCCAUAUCUGCAUCACUCCCCCUACACCAGCGUGGUCCUCAGAAAGCAGACCAUAGCAGAGGAGAACCUUGAACGAUCAGAUGGGCUCAUCAACCAUAAUAACUUCCUGAAGCACAACAAAACCUUCCACAAACUGUUUCAGGAUAUUCCUGAAGCAGAGAACCUGACAAACUCAUUCACCUGUGCCUUGCAGAAGGAGGUGCUGUAUCAUGGAAAGCUCUUUGUUUCAGAGAACCAUGUGUGUUUCCAUUCAUCCGUGUUGCUGAAAGACACCAAGGUGGUGAUUCCUGCGUCCAGCGUCAAGGAGGUGAAGAAACAUAACUCAGCUUUGUCCAUGUUGUCUAUUCAAACUGCUGAUGGAGAGAAGCACUCAUUUGUGUAUCUGAGGCACCGUGAGAUGUGUUAUGAACUCCUUCAAUCGGUCUGUUUACAUGCACAGGGGGGCAACAGCAGCCCUCAUCUCUCCUCUGCAGAUAACGAAGUGGAUCACGACACGGGCUCCAGUUAUUCCAGCUGGGAGGACAGCAUCGAUUGUCAGGCCUACCUUCAGCUGAGCAGUGAAGAUCCUACAAGAUGCAGCUCCACCCAUCAAAGCAGCUCAAUAGAUGAAGAUGACAGAGCUGUGUCGUGGAUUUGGAGGAUCAUUCAGAGGGUCACGGAGUUCUUCCUCCUCAGAGGAAUAAGGAAUUUUAGCAUUCUCUUCCACCUCUACAUGAUGCUGACGGUGUUGCUCCUGUUGGUGUCUGGCUACAUCGGCCUGAGGAUCCUGGCGCUGCAGGAGCAGCUGGAGUCUUUGGGAGCCAUGACUGAGUUGUCUUUGCACCACAGCGAGUACCAGAAGACGUAGCCUGUGGCGGAAGCUUGUGACAAACAAAUCCUUCUGACAAUUCAUGUAAUGCACCACUCUAUUAAGAUCCUGCUGCACACUCAUCUCUGUCUAGACAGACUCCCAAAAGCAUCUUAGCAGUGAGACCCAGUCCACUUGACAUACAGUACAUCUUCCAGUGAAACGUUUUUUGUCCAAAGAAAUUUACAAUAAUAUUAUUUGAUAGAAAGUAACCUCCUGUGUUAGCACUAUGUCUAAAGAUGAUGCAGGUCAGCGAAAAGGUGCUUUAGGGAUGUCUGAAGCAGACCACACAUGUUGAACUACAUGGGUGACUGGCUGCGUUGGCAGAAAACCACCAGGACAAUAUUUAUGUCAGGAGAGCACUGGCUUUCUGCUGACAGAUCAAAAACUGACACGAGGAUCUCCUGCACUGAGCCAUAUGGAGGCAGCCUGCUGAAGCUGUGUUUAUUUCCUGGCUGGUGAAUAGCUGAGCUAAGCAAGCAGAGGUUGCUGGAGUCUUGGCCACCAUGGAGCAACACAACCUGCCAUAGUGAGAACAGGCUGAACCAGAAUUUGAAAGAAGCACUUUGCUUGAAUAACCUGUAUGUUAUGACAUGAGAGCUCACGCUGUGUAUGCUAACUGCUGGAAUCUAAUGCCAUUUCUUUUAGAGUGAUAACGACAAUGAUCAGCCAGCAGAGGGCAGUCACCUCCAAUAAACCUGGGUGUUACAUGAGGUACCAAGACAGGAUUUCACUUAAACUUCACACGCACUGAAAUGCCUUCAGAAUACAAAUGUUAUUAAACUCAUCAGCACCAUUUUGUUAAAUCAAUUCUGUCAACACAAGUGAGAAUUCGUGACGUCCACUGCUGACAAACAGCGUAUCCAAUUCAUUUCCAGGACUUUGCCCUGACUUUAAAUCAAUUUUCAACAAUCUGUGCAUCCUUGGGAAGUGCUUCCAGUAUGUGUUAUCAAAAAAUCUGAAUGAGUAAUCGUGUGUCCAUAGUAAAAUUGUGUGAAGUGGGAAAAAAAUAUGCAGGUCAUGUUAAAAUCUCAUAUUCAUCAAACCACAUUAACUUGUUUAUGAAACUAUUGUCUAAAACUUUUUCAGGCUUGUGAAAAGCAUUUAUCAAGGAUUUUUCGAAUUGUAUAUUAUUUGAGAAAAGAUUUUUUAUGAUCUUAUAUACUAUCAUUCAACACUCACUGCCAUACCAAGUCAUAUAAUCCAAAUGCUUAAUCUUUUAGGUCAAUAUGUACAAAUAAACCUUGCAAUUUUUGUAUCUCUGAUUACCAGA